GAUCUACACGCAAAUCAACUUUUCUUUUCGAUCAUUUCGUCUCGAGCGCAGCAAGUUAAUUGUAACUUCUUCAGUAUUACCUUCUUAUUUUUUCCACCAUGUCCACCCUGAAGGAAGUCAACGGCCGCCUGGCCGCUCAGCCUUUCGUGUCCGGCUUCUCCGCUAGCUCCGAGGAUGCCCGCAUCUUUGAGGAGAUGUUCGGCAGCAACAAGAACGUGGUCCAGUGGGUUGCCCGCAUGGCGUCCUACUACCAGGCGGAGCGCGACGAGCUCCUGAAGGGCGAGUGUGCGAAGACUUCCGAGCCCGCCAAGAAGGCCGCCGCGCACGCCCCUAAGGCUGCCGCCGCUGCUGCGGAGGACGACGACGACAUCGACCUGUUCGGUGAGACGACGGAGGAGGAGGCAGCCGCGCUGGAGGCAAAGAAGAAGGCGGACGCAGAGAAGAAGAAGGCGAAGAAGGACGUGAUUGCGAAGUCGUCGAUUCUGUUCGACGUGAAGGCGUGGGACGACACGGUGGACCUGGAGGCGCUGGCGCAGAAGCUGCACGCGAUCAAGCGCGACGGUCUGAUCUGGGGCGACCACAAGCUCGUGCCGGUCGCGUUCGGCGUGAAGAAGCUGCAGCAGCUGAUCGUGAUCGAGGACGACAAGGUCUCCGGCGACGACCUGGAGGACAUGAUCACCGGCUUCACGGAUGAGGUGCAGUCCAUGGACAUCGUCGCCUGGAACAAGAUUUAA